UGCAUUUUGAGUAGUCUAAAGCCACUCUUUUUUCACUUGUAAUCGAAGACUCAUACAUUUCAAUUCCUUGGACAAAACCAGACAAAACGGCUUGAUAUUUCUUCCUUGAUUGUUCCGUUUAGUUGGUGUUGCGGUAUGGCAAAUGCAGGCUUGAGUUUAGAUGACAUAAUUAAAAAGACGAAGCCUUCAGGAAUGAGUGGCCGAGGAGGAUUGCGCCGAGGAGUUGGCCGAGGUGGGCGAGUAAGCGAGCCGGUUAGAAGUCGAGGAUCACAUUCGGUAACAGAUGCCCGAUUUAAGAUAAUACAAAAGAAUAGGGAAAAACUCACCGAUGCACGAGAUAAACUUGCAGAGAUUGCCAAACAAUCUGACGCGAGACUGAAGUUAGAGAAAAUUCGGGCGUCGCAAUUCAAGAAAAUAGAUCUCCUGCAUUCCAGUAUUUCCCGAAAGACUGGCAGAAAUGGACGAAUAUCACUGACGACCAAUAAAAUGGCCGCGAUACCACCGCAUCCUCCUCCGAUGACUUACACGUCAGGACAUUUAAGGAACUCGGGAUACAGACCGUCUGCACCUGUAGAACCACAUUAUGUUGAUGAUUUUAACAUGGAUUAUAAUGAAGAUUAUUACAUGGAGUCGGCACCAUUAAGGCGUACUGUCAGUAAUGAGUAUGCCCCUACACCACCACCACCUCUGCCUGUGUUCACAUUGAAGCCAUCGUCUCCAUACAUUUGGGUAAAUGUUCCCGGUGGAAACAGUUCGAGGAGCAUGCCUCCCCGUCUGACAGAGAGCGAGAGACCACGAGAUUUUAAAGUGGUGGCUCGUAGUUCAGCGCCAAAACUUAGCUCGCCUUCGUAUCGAGACGACUGGUCAUUUGGCUCAAAAUCUCGGACCAUCUUAUCAGAGGGUCCUCCAGAAAGCAAGUACUACGAGUCCAGGUCCCAUAGAGAGUCGCGAGAUGUCGGAGUGAAAUCAAGACUAGAUUCGAUGCCCAGUAAGCCACGAUUAAUGUCGUCGGAGAGACCGAUGGGUCCUAUAGCUAGGCCAAAGUCUAGCUCAAGUUCAUCGACAUCUACUGGAUAUCGAAUUGUUGUGUCAAAUCUACAGGCAAAUGUGACUCAAGAGGAUAUUAAGGAGCUGUUCGAAGAUGUCGGAGAACUGCUCGUAUCGAGAUUAGUGCGACCGGGCACUGCAGAGGUAAUUUACAAAACAUUGAAGGAUGCUACUAAAGCAGUGGAAACGUAUCAUAACCGACUGCUCGAUGGUCAUCCGAUGAAGUGUCUGCUAGUGAACCCUCGGCCGAAAAAUAAUCCAACUGCUCCAGCAAUUAGACCGUUAACAGAGACUAGAAGAAACGCCAGCUCGAGUUAUGUACAGCCAAGUUUAGGCGCAAUCCAUCGCGCUUUAUUCGACGACUGUCGCAAUUAACAUUAAUUGUACAAUCGAUUAAUCCUUUACCAAUCCAAGGAAUAUAAAUUACCACGAGUUAAUGAAGUAAACUGUGCUACAUUUUUAUCCCACUUUGUAUGUAUUGUUAACGAUAUAUCCAAAAGUUCUCUUCCCUUUAUUUUAAUUCGUGUGGAGCAUCGGCACUCUCAACCGACACGCAAGCACCAACAUCACAGAAGUUUUGAAGAAAAUUGUAAAACCGAAUGGCGCAGUUUUUCUUGUAUAUUUACUACAUUAAAAUAAACAUACACAAUCUACAGUUAA